ACUGUGCUGCUGCGCCUGGGGGACGAGCUGGAGCAGAUCCGGCCCAGCGUGUACCGCAACGUGGCCCGCCAGCUGCACAUCUCCCUGCAGUCAGAGCCUGUGGUGACUGAUGCAUUCCUGGCUGUGGCAGGCCACAUCUUCUCAGCAGGCAUCACAUGGGGCAAGGUGGUGUCCCUGUAUGCAGUGGCCGCGGGGCUGGCUGUGGACUGUGUGCGGCAGGCCCAGCCUGCUAUGGUUCAUGCCCUGGUCGACUGCCUGGGGGAGUUUGUGCGCAAGACCCUGGCCACCUGGCUACGGCGGCGUGGCGGAUGGACCGACGUCCUCAAGUGCGUGGUCAGCACCGACCCAGGUCUUGGUUCCCACUGGCUUGUGGCUGCGCUGUGCAGCUUCGGACGCUUCUUGAAAGCUGCCUUCUUCGUGCUUUUGCCAGAGAGAUGAGUGCCUUGCCUGGCACCCUGUGCUCAACCUGGGAGUCCUGCAGCACCUGGAUUGCCUGUGCCCCUCCUGAGCCCCCUGCCACUGCAGUACCUCACCCUUCUCAGAGCCUCUGCCUGGAAGCCAGGGGAGCUGGCCUCUGUCGCCACGGGCAGCAGCUCCACACUUCCAGUCUGAGGGCUCAUGACAGGGUCCCACUGUGUGCGUGGGGAGGGUGUGGGGCUCCAGCCAGCAUACCUGAUGGCCCAGCACAGGAUGCUGUGGAAAAGGACAGUCUGCAGGAGCUGAGCCCAGAGGCAAGUGUGACCCAUCUGUCCUUUGUGCUGUCCUCAGGACCUUGAGAACUCAGAUGCUGGGGAGCCUGGCCCCUUACAGUCUCCAGAGUCUGACUGUCCCCAGGCUCUCCUCAUUGUUAGCAGUUCCCUGGGCAGGGCACGUGAGGUCCUGUAGCCCGCACCAGUCCAUCCAGCCCAAAUGACAUGGCACUGAGGAGGCAUGCGGCCAGAGGUGCAGUGAUCAACGCCCUUCCUCCAGCUUCCCAUGCUAUGGGGGCCCCGUGCAGCACUGGGUCAGUGAUGGUCAGGUCCCCGAAGGGACGCUGGGAAUAAACUCUACUGUUGUU